AUGUCCCAAUCCAACACACCACUUAAAAGAAAGAAAACUGAAAAUGGAUACAGUGAGAAUGGAUCCACAACAGGUGCAACAUCAAAUCAAAUUAGAGAAUUAAAAAGAGCAACAACAGUUGAUUAUGUUUAUAGAGAUCAAGAAUCAAAAGAUAAGAUUAAACCAUUGAAUGGAUUUGUAACACCAUUAUUAACAGAUUUAUAUCAAAUUACAAUGGCUUAUUCAUUAUGGAAGAAUAAUAGACAUGAAAUACCAGCAGUAUUUGAUUUAUAUUUUAGAAAAUCACCAUUUGGAGGUGAAUUUACAGUAUUUGCAGGUUUAGAGGAAGUAAUUAGAUUCGUUAGUGAUUUCCAUUAUACAAAAGAAGAGGUUGGUUUCAUUAAAGAGAUGAUACCAGAUUGUGAACAAGAGUUUUUAGAUUACCUAUCGAAAUUGGAUUCCUCAUCUGUCACUUUAUAUGCAAUGAAAGAAGGUUCAGUUGUAUUUCCAAGAGUGCCACUACUUCGUGUAGAAGGACCAAUGAUCUUGUGCCAAUUAUUUGAAACUACAUUAUUAUGUUUGGUUAAUUUUGCAAGUUUGGUAGCAACUAAUGCAGCACGUCACCGUUUGGCUGUUGGUAAGGAAAAAGUUAUGUUGGAAUUUGGUUUACGUAGGGCACAGGGUCCAGAUGGUGCAAUGUCUGCAUCACGUUAUAGUUAUUUGGGUGGAGCAGAUGGCACAUCCAAUGUUUUAGCACAUUGUUUCUUUGGCAUUCCAAUUAGAGGUACCCAUGCUCAUUCAUUCAUUACCAACUAUAGUGGCCCUGAUGAAUUAUUAGAUGCAUCUAUCAAGGAUACAAAUGGAAAUGUUCACAAUCUUUUAGAGAUGAGUCAAAAGUAUAGAGAUGAAUUGGGUUACACAGCAACAAAUCUCAGUGAAUUGGUUGCUUUUGUUGCAUAUGCACGUACUUUUCCAAAUGGUUUAGUAGCUUUGGUUGAUACAUACGAUACAUUGGCAUCGGGUGUUCCAAAUUUCAUUUGUGUGGCAUUGGCAUUACAUCAAUUGGGUUACAAAGCUGUUGGUAUUCGUUUAGAUAGUGGUGAUCUUUCUUAUCUCUCCAAAGCAUCUAGAAAAUUAUUCAAACAAAUUGGUGAACAAUUCAAAAUCGAUUACUUUGAAAAGUUUUCAAUCGUUGCUUCAAAUGAUUUAAAUGAACCAACCAUCAUUGCUUUGAAUAGACAAGGUCAUGAAAUUGAUGUAUUUGCAAUUGGAACAAAUUUGGUAACAUGUCAAGCACAACCAGCUCUAGGUUGUGUUUAUAAAUUGGUAGAAAUCAAUGGUUCACCACGUAUUAAAUUAUCACAAGAGGCAAAUAAAAUCACACUUCCAGGUAGAAAAACAGCCUAUCGUUUAUUUGGUUCUGAAGGUCACCCAUUGGUUGACCUUUUAGUUGACGAUAAUGAUAUGAUCAAAGAUGGUUCUAAACAAAUUCCACAAGUCGGUAAAAAGGUUUUAUGUUUACAUCCAUUUGAAGAACAAAAAAGAGUCAUCGUAACACCAGUUCAAAUCGAAAAAUUACAUCAUAUAGUUUUUGAAAAAGGUCAAUUAACAAUGCCCUUACCAGCAUUAAAUGAUAUUAGAGAAUACUGUUUCCAACAAAUAUCUAAAGUUAGAGAGGAUCAUCUUCGUAAUAGUAAUCCAACUCCUUACAAAGUUAGCGUAACUAAAGAGCUUUUCGAUACACUUCAUAAUCUUUGGUUAGAUUCUGUUCCAAUUAAAGAAAUGAAAUAG